AUGAUACCAAUACUGGACACACAUGCUUCCAUGCGAAAUGGCGAAGUUACAGCGGCAGAUCAUGAAUGUGCAGAAAUCGGAAGGGACAUCAUUAAUGUGAAAGAUGGUUCUGCUGUUGAUGCUGCCAUUGCAACUAUGCUAUGUCUUGGGGUGAAAAUGCCUCAUGCCAUGGGCAUAGGAGGGGGUUUCCAAAUGGUUGUAUAUGACCAUGGCACCAAAAAGGCAGAACACAUCAAUGCAAGGGAAAUAUCCCCAAAGUCAACGAAUAUAGAUUAUUUCAAAAGUAAGGAAUUCAAAUCAGCAUAUAAACCUCAUCAACAAAGAUAUAAGAAAUGGGGUCCACUCUCUAUAGCAGUACCCGGUGAAUUAUCUGGCUACUGGACUGCCCACCAAAGACAUGGGAAACUGCCAUGGGCUGACCUUUUUCAACCAACAAUAAAAUUAGCCCGAUUUGGUGCUCCAAUGUCUAAGUACACAUAUGCAGCGUUGAAUCAUUGGGACAAUUUGGAAGAUUUCUUGUACCCUAUAAUGCAUGAUCAACCACUGUGCCAAGGUUUACUAAGUGAGUCCUUAUGUGAUAAUGGAUCAAUAAAAAAGAUAGGAGAAAUAGUAAAAAUGCCAAAACUAGCUAAGACAUUGGAAAUUAUAGCUAAGGAAGGGAUACAAGCAUUUUAUAAUGGCUCCUUAACAGAUGAACUUCUAAGCGAACUCAACUCUCAAGAAUUUCCAGAGGGAAGCUCAAAAUAUUUUCCAGAUCCAUUUUUUAAGCGAGAGGACUUCACAAAUUACAAAGUAGUUGUAGGAGAACCUUUUACAACAAAAGUGAAUCAUCUGACAAUGCAUUCUCCAUCAAUCCCAGGUGGUGGACCAAUUUUAGGUUUCAUGUUGGAACUUUUACAAGGAUUCAAGUACAAUGUUUCUAAAGGAGCUUCUAUGGACAACUUAAGUGAAGUAAAGUUUAUGCACAAAGUGGCUGAAGUGAUGAAGUUUGGGGCUGCGCAUCGAAUCAAGAUGGGAGAUGGUGAUAUGAAACUGAUUCUACAACAGAUGAGAAAUGGCAUUUACCUCGAGGGUAUAAGAAAAAAAAUAACUGAGACAGCACAUCCACAUGAGGCUUACUAUGCAAAGAAAAUAGCCAAGUUAGAUAGUGGUACUUUGCAUAUAUCUGUGCUGGCCCCAAAUGGUGACGCUGUGGCUGUAACAUCUUCCAUUAAUACACCAUUUGGAUCAUACCAUUUUUCUAAAUCAACAGGCAUCAUAUUUAACAACCAGAUGAAUGACUUCACAUACCCUUUAUAUAAUAGGGCUGUCGAGUAUGAGAACCACGAAGCAAACUUGAUGUCACCCUUCAAGAGACCACAAUCCUCACAGUCACCAUCCAUAUUUGUAGAUGAGAGUGGGGAGGUCCGCUAUGUUAUAGGUGGUGCUGGAGGAAGACAGAUUACUCCUGCAAUACUACAGGUUAUAAUGAGGGUAUUGUGGCUUGGUGAGGACAUCUAUACAGCUAUAGACAAACCUAGAAUCACACAACAUAUAUUCCCAAAAUUUACCUUGGGAUAUGAGGACACAUUUAAUAAAGAAAUUGUAAGACUGCUGAAUCUAUUUCGCCAUAAGUCAGAAUUAUUUAAAGCUCAGCCGUGUAUAGGAAGGGUUGAGAUUAUCACACAACACACCAAUGGAACAAUUGAGGGAUACUCUGACAGAAGAAAAUUUGUCACAUGAAAAUAUCAUCAGUCCAUCUGCAUAAAUUGUAAGACUGCUACAUCUGGUCCGCUAUGGAUCAGAAUUAUUUACGGCUCAUCCAUGUCUAGGAACGGUUGAGAUCAUCACACAACAUGCCAAUGGAACAAUCUAAGGAUAAUCUGACAGUAAACAUGAAAAUACCAUUGGUCACAUGUCUCAUGAAAAUAUCAUUGGUCCUUCUAAACACAUACGAUAUGUAUACGUUAUCCUAUGAUUUUGAG